AUGAUAAAAAUAUCCUGGUCUAGUGGUAUGAAAUGUCGUAGUGUAGAAGUUAAAAAUGUCAUGGUAUCGUAUGAUAAAAGUUUUAUUGUUGAGAUGGUCAUGUGCAGUGGUCUCCUGGUACGUCUGUCUGUCUUUGGUCACAGGGACCGACUCCCCCUAGUGGUGGUCAGUAUUGUUGAUCUUCCCCUGCAGUUCCCCUUCCCCAGGCAGAGCGUUUCCUGUUUGCUGACUGGCCUCACAUGUACAGAGAGGAAUAAAGAUGCGGUUUCUCAGCUGUUUUCCUCUCUCUCCCCGAGGACUGUGAACCUCAAACACUCGUUUUGUUCGGUCUGUGUUUAUGUUUAA